AUCCAUUUAGAAAAAGAUCCCACAUUCCUUCCGGGUGCCUGUGCCCAGGGGGACUCCACAGCAUCCCGGGAGCUUCCUUUUCUUUGGGGGUGCUUGGACCUCAGAGACUAAACUGAGGGGCGGGAUGCGUUGGAACUGUGCUUCCAGAUGGGGAAAGCUUUGGAGUUAAUCCGAGAUGCUUCCUGGAAGUAGCUACAGGGUUUUUAAAGCGAGCUGUGGGAUGAGGCUGCAACGGGAGACAGGAAAACAGAAGUGGGUACAUGUGAGAGCUGGUUGUGAGGUGCGAGCUGCGAAGGGUAGUAUUUCACAGCGCAAAGGAACCCCUUCCCCGCGUGGUGCCCGGGGUGGGGAACCCGGGGAGGGCGGGCCUGUCUCUUUCUGCUCUUUCUUCCCUUCCGUUAUUCUCCAGCGGGGCCUCGCAGGCUCUCUUCUGUCUUCCAGGUUGUUCUCCCACGUGGGGGACCCCUUCCUGGAUGACCCCCUGCCCCGGGAGUACGUGCUCUACCUCCGCCCCACUGGCCCCUUAGCGCAGAAGCUUUCGGACUUCUGGCAGCAGUCGAAGCAGAUCUGCGGGAAGAACAAGGCUCACAACAUCUUCCCCCACAUCACCCUCUGCCAGUUCUUCAUGUGCGAGGACAGCAAGGUGGACGCCCUAGGGGAGGCCCUGCAGACCACCGUCAGCCGCUGGAAGUGCAAGUUCUCAGCGCCCCUGCCCCUGGAGCUCUACACCUCCUCCAACUUCAUCGGCCUCUUCGUGAAGGAGGACAGUGCAGAGGUCCUCAAGAAGUUCGCUGCAGACUUCGCUGCCGAGGCUGCGUCUAAAACCGAAGUACACGUGGAACCUCAUAAGAAGCAGCUGCACGUUACUCUGGCUUAUCACUUUCAAGCCAGCCACCUACCCACCCUGGAGAAACUAGCCCAGAACAUUGAUGUCAAACUAGGCUGUGACUGGGUGGCCACCAUAUUCUCUCGGGAUAUCCGAUUUGCUAACCAUGAGACAUUGCAGGUGAUCUACCCCUACACCCCGCAGAAUGACGACGAGCUGGAGCUGGUGCCGGGGGACUUCAUCUUCAUGUCUCCCAUGGAGCAGACCAGCACCAGUGAGGGCUGGAUCUAUGGUACCUCCCUGACCACUGGCUGCUCCGGGCUCCUGCCCGAGAACUACAUCACCAAGGCUGAUGAGUGCAGCACCUGGAUCUUUCACAGUUCGUACUCCAUCUUAAAUACAGCAUCGUCCCACUCGCUUACAUUUGGUGAUGGUGUGUUAGAGAGGCGGCAGUAUGAGGACCAGGGGCUCGGGGAGACAAUGCCUCUCACUAUCAUCUGCCAGCCCAUGCAGCCUCUGAGAGUCAACAGCCAGCCCGGCCCUCAGAAGCGGUGCCUCUUUGUGUGUCGGCAUGGAGAGAGAAUGGAUGUUGUUUUUGGGAAGUACUGGCUGUCUCAGUGCUUUGAUGCCAAAGGCCGCUACAUACGCACCAACCUGAACAUGCCUCACAGCUUACCUCAGCGGAGUGGUGGCUUCCGGGACUAUGAGAAAGAUGCUCCAAUCACAGUAUUCGGGUGCAUGCAAGCAAGACUAGUGGGAGAAGCCUUGUUAGAAAGCAAAACCAUCAUCGAUCACGUCUAUUGCUCACCAUCCCUACGCUGUGUUCAGACCGCACACAAUAUCUUGAAAGGUUUGCAACAAGAGAACCACUUAAAGAUUCGUGUGGAGCCUGGUUUAUUUGAGUGGACAAAGUGGGUUGCCGGGAACACGUUACCUGCAUGGAUACCUCCAUCAGAGUUAGCCGCAGCCAACCUGAGUGUUGAUACAACCUACAGACCUCACAUUCCAGUCAGCAAAUUAGUGGUUUCAGAAUCCUACGACACUUAUAUCAGUAGAAGUUUCCAAGUAACAAAAGAGAUAAUAGGUGAAUGUAAAAGUAAAGGAAAUAAUAUUCUGAUUGUGGCCCAUGCAUCUUCCCUCGAAGCAUGUACCUGCCAGCUUCAGGGCCUAUCACCUCAGAACUCCAAGGACUUUGUGCAAAUGGUCCGCAAGAUCCCAUACCUGGGCUUUUGUUCCUGUGAAGAAUUAGGAGAAACUGGAAUAUGGCAGCUGACAGACCCACCCAUCCUUCCCCUUACCCAUGGACCCACUGGAGGCUUCAACUGGAGAGAAACCCUGCUGCAAGAGUAAGCCUUCAAGGGCUGAGGAGAAAAGGUCUUUUAGAGAAGAAUCUCUCGGCUGUUCAGUAACAGUGGAACCCUGCACCGCAUUCCAAGUGGACAGCUCAAAUUUCACGUACUGCCUUUCAUGCUUAAGGUUCUGGUGACGAGACUGCAUAAAUGAGCAAAAGGCAUGAUUCUGGGGGAGAAAAAUACAUACUCUUGGGACUCUUGCCUGGCUAACAAAGCUUUGGAGAAUUGUCUUCCUGAACCUGCAACAGCUGCAGCAGAGGACCAUCCUCACCCUGAUUCAGGCUGUGCAUGGCUAAGGAGCUUCCCUCCUCCCCACUGGAGCUGCCACCACUCUCGGGAGAAAUGCAGGAAAAAGGAGUGUGUCUGGAAUGCAGUCUGGGGAUGGGACAUUCUGUUGAACUCCAUUUUCAAGUUAGGCAAAGCCAAGCUGAGAAAUCCUGCUAAGGUUCUUAGAAAACAUGCCCCACAGAGAGUUGUCCUUAGGUUACACAUGAAAUUCUACUCCUAGUCGACUCCAUACAUUAGCGUCACUGGCUCCAAACACUUGCUUAAGGGGUCUAACAGUUGCCCUGGUACUUCCUAAUUUGGGGGGGGGGGGGGGGGGGCUUCCUGCUUCUGUCUCUGAAAUGGGGAGAGGAAGCACUUCUGCUCUCCAAAGCACUUUCAGAUCCUCAAGAGGACGAUGAGAUAAAUGUGAGAUAUAGUCAAUGAUAGGUGCGGAGAACUUGAAAAUUAUAAAGUAUAUUGGAAUUACCUGUGUUGCAGCCUAAUGAGCCACAGCACUUCUAAGUCACCAAGAAUUUCUUGUCUUUGCUCCUAGACUCUGACAGUGUUAACUAGUUAAGGAGGUUGACGUUUUGAAAGGAUGUAUGUUCAGGACAUUAUUUGAAUCAGCAGGAAGCUCAUUCUGUGCAAUGUGGACAUCUUGACAAACCAUACCAGGGCCAGGUUGCAGUGCCCUCCCAGUACAUGCCAACCAAACAGAAUGUCCAGAGAUGCACCAGUUGUACCAGGGAUGUGUAAUGAAGUCAGGGAACUAAUUUAGCUGAUGACAGUCAUGACUGCACUGCUACUUGUGCUGUCCUCUUUCUGUUUGUCUUUCUAUGAUAAUUUAAAAGCUAUAAGAGGUAGGGCUACUUGAGGAAAGCUAGAGAGCCACAUCCUGUGGUUUCUCAUUACAACUACUUCCUGUAUUUAGAGGAAGUUUAUUUAAAAGAAAAAUAAAUGACAAUCAAACCAAAACAUCAGUUAUCAAUGUCUGUUAAUUGUGUGAGUAGCUGACUGUUAGAGCCAGACAGUGGUCUGGUGUGAUAUAGUUCACUGUGUAGAAUGUGUGUGCAAAGUAAAAUCCCAACUAUUUAAAGGGAAUAUUAGUGUUAGACAAAUCUAUAUAUGCUGUAGCAACAUUGAAUAAGUUUAAAAACCCAGACGUAUAAGACAUAAUGGUUUAUAAAAACAGACCUAUACUUGUGUUUGAAAUUGAAAUUUGAUGACUGCUAGAAAAAGGGGGAAGUGAAAGGUGGUUGGCUAUAUAUGUUAGUCAGCAAAAGGAUUAUGGUUGUAUUUUUUAAAGCAAAAGGAUUAUGGUUGUAUUACCUAGAGAAAUAAGUUAUAAAAUUUCCAUUUUAAGAAACAAAUAGUGGCAAGUUCUCCUAGCAUUGGACAAAUUGCUCCAGCUUCUGGCCAUAGAAAUAAUUCUGUGCUGACAUGUUUAUAUGUUUUAACUUAAAAUAUCUGGGAGGGAAAUAUUCUCACUAAAGUUCUUAAAACUCACAUUUCAGCUAACUUAAUGAACUUCAUGUCCCUGCUACUCAUUCUUCUGGUAUUUGUAAUGAAGUGGAUCCACUGCCUAAUCAUAUCUAUAAUGUUUAUAGACUCACCACAAAUUCUCAUGGGCUUUGAGUGCUCAGAAUAAUGCUUGAACGCUUCAUGUCAGAUUUCCUUGAAACCGUAGGAGUGUGUUCUGGACAGUGUCUGUACUUUUAUAAAAUACAGUUCAGAAUAUGUUACCCUCUCCACUUCUCUUCAGGUUGUCCUGCCUGUCCUGAUGAUCAGCUGGACUUACUGGGCUUCAUUCCAUCGUCCUCAGUGCAGUAUCAGUACAGCCUUAGGCAACUGUCUACCUGAGCCUAAGGAAGAAUGGAUCUGAAACAAUUUUCUGGAUAAUUUAGGUGGAGAACCCUGAGUACAAGAAAAAUUUUAUUCCUCUGCUGUAAUUAACUAGCUUGCUUAUCAAAAUGGCUGACAUCUGAAUUCACAUUAAAAUCUCAUUUCAUACUUACCUACUUAAAAAAUUAAAAUUGGACUCCAACUGAGAAAUUCUUUAGAAAUCAUGUUGAACCCAUGUGUAAUAAAAGAGAAAAUUAUAUUGCCCAAUUUCAAAUUCAUACAAAAAUUCUAGGUUGACAUUACAACCUGAAGUUGAGGCUGGUUCUUUGUGAUCUGAGGCUGAUGGUGAUUAAAACCUAUGACAUGUGAAGGAAGGACAGAAAAGAAGAGAAGGAAGGAAUUGUUAGAAAAGAAUCAAAUGAUUUCUUGUACAAAGGGCUGUUUUUAACUUAGAAAGCCAUCUGAAAUAAAGUAGUGGAAAUGAAAUUAGCUAAAGGACUUAAUCUGGGAUUGCAAAUCUCAAAGGUUGCUGCUUCUAAAAGUAUGCCACUUCAGUGAGCUGAGGACCCAGUGUUGUUCACAGGUGGGACUUUGCUUUCUGUGAUUUUAAAAUGCCACAUCAAUUCCUUGUGGACCAGAAUAAUUGGCACAUUUAAUGCUGGGCUGAGGGAUUCAUUUUCCCAGGCUGUUUCCCAUCACCGCCUGGGCACCAGGAGCCUCCCUGAUAGUUCAGAUGACAGCAUUUCCCACUACAUUUAGAUUGAAAGAAUCUGAAGAGCUGAUUAAAUGGCCAUCUGAUGGCUGAAAGAGGAGGGUAUUUUUCACUCUGUAGGGAAAGGCUUGGAGGAGUUUCUACUUUUUAUUUUAAUUAUAUUUUAACCAAAGAAUUAUUUUAAAGUAUUCUUAUAUUUGAAAGAUGAUUUUGCAAAAAAUAUUUUUAAAAUGCCUUCUGGAAUAUCAGUUUGAUAAAUGGUUGUUAAUCAUUUUCUUGUCGGUAGUGUUUGAGACACAUAUAGACUGUCCUCAUGUUGUGUGUAGCAUUGCCAUAGAUGUUUCUUUUCCACUCAACUCACUGUAUUCGUAUUAAAAUGAAGUUUCUUAUUUCAAUUACCUAGUGUCUUUGAGAACUAAUUGAACAGCAGCAAGAAGAGAAGUUCCUAUCUCGUUGCCUUUGUAGAAAGGCUUCCCUGUGCAGUAACCUAGGCACUCCCCAUGCCAGUGUUUAAAUCUGAAAGCGGUGAUGAAUCGCUCUUUUGAAUUUACUCUAAGUCAUGCAUGUGUUGGAAUACAGAUGAACCUCUGUUUAAUUUUCACAGGCUUCAGCACAGUCAACUGUACCAAAUCGGCACGAAGUUAAAUGAUGAGGUUUCGGGUGAUUUGCAUUUAAAUUAGAAUCCAAGCACACAUGUGAGAAGGCAAAGGCGCUGGUCUGAGGAGGCCCCCUUAUGGGAGGGAUGAGACUAGUGGAGGAGGGUGGGAAAAGAGCGAUUUAACAGCAAUUUAGGUGAAUGUUGACUUUACAAAGGUGAUGGGAAUAUUUUGUUAGGUGAUGGCAGAUGCUUUUCAUUUUUCAAACAUAGGAUUAAAAUUGGAUUUGCUUCUCUUUACUACUUCAACUAUUGAAUUUUCCUAGGAAAGUGACUAGCUGUAAUGACAAUUUAAGGGAAGAGGGGAAAAGAUUGCUUCUAAUGCAAGAGGAAAUAAGUUGAUUUUUAAAUACGUGUAAUAUUAGGUUUGGUGUACAGUAUGUAGGCUUACAAUUAUAGCGAUGAGUAGUCAAACUUAAUAUACAAUCAAUUCUUACAAAUAUUUUACCCAGUAUUACUUAGCUGCCACAACUCACACAAAAAUCGGAAUUUUGCAGCUGUUCAGCUAUUCAUGGACUCUGUACAGGACACAUAUGUAUAAUGAAAAAUGUGUAGUUGUUCUUUUGUUGAUUGCCAGUUAGACAGGAAUACUAUCCCAAAGCUUUUUGGUUAUGCAAAGACCAUUCUGCAAAAACCUGCUAUUUGGGGAAGGGAAAUUGGUUUCUCAUUUAUAAGACUAUUGUAUCAUUUUUUCUAUGUGAUACAGGUGUAUUUAUUUGAAAAAUAGUUUGUAAUUACAAGAAAGAAAACCACGCCUAUCUGUAUUGCCAGAUUCCUUGUAUAUUCCUUGUGGCGUUUGUGCUUUCCAGCUGGGAGUGGCCCCCUCCUGAUACAGCUGGCACCAUUGUAACCAGUCUGUUCCAUUCCAGGCACAUCACCAUUGAAAUGGCUCAUAGAUGAUUUAAUAAAGAGAAACUGCAUCCUCAGUUAA